CUGAAAAAUAAGGUAAAAGGCACUAAAGGCUUAAUCUCUUUCUCUCUCUCUCUUCUCUCCCUUACUGUUACUGUCGUCUCUCUGUCUCUCCAUUAAUCUCCACUGCUCCCAAAAAUUCAUUCAUCUCUCUCUCUCUCUCUCUUACAUUGGUCAGAUUCUCUCGCUCGUCUUCAUCCUUAAGCUAGUAAAUAAGCAAUCUGUGUUCUUUCCCUCUUUCUCCUUCUUCCUCCAGUAAGACAGAUCUGAUUCAAAUUGAGGAUCCAAACAGAGAAUGCCGGAAUUAGCCAAUUAGGGUUUUUUAAAUAUUGGGUCUUUGAGAAAGACGAAAAUGGAAGCGAGGAUGAAGAAAUACAGAGAAGAAGUGAGUCCAGAGAGAGCAAAAGUCUGGACAGAGAAAUCACCAAAGUAUCAUCAGAAGAUUAAGAAAGUCCAAAUUGUUUAUUACCUCUCCAAGAAUCGUCAACUCGAGCAUCCUCAUUUCAUGGAAGUCUUGGUUUCUUCUCCAAACGGUUUAUACCUUAGAGAUGUUAUAGAGAGGCUUAAUGUUCUUAGAGGUAGAGGCAUGGCUUCAAUGUAUUCUUGGUCUAGUAAAAGAAGCUAUAGGAAUGGUUUUGUUUGGCAUGAUUUAUCUGAAGAUGACUUAAUUCUACCGGCUCAUGGGAAUGAGUAUGUUCUUAAAGGUUCUGAGCUCUUUGAUGAAGAUCAUUUUAGUCCAAUUGCGAAUUCAGCGACACAAAACAUGAAGCAGAUAGUUGUGGAGCCACCAUCAUCAAGAAGCAUGGAUGAUUCGUCGUCUUCUUCGAGUAUGAACAAUGGGAAAGAGACUAAUAAGCAUUCUCAAGAAGACGACGAGCUUUCUCCUCCAGCUCUUCGCUCUGUUUCUUCCUCUGGUGUAUCUCCUGAUUCAAGAGACGCCAAGAACUCAUCUUCUUGGUGUUUAGCUGAGUACAAAGUGUAUAACCGCGAGGGACUCGCUGAUGCCUCUACGCAAACCGAUGAAACUGUUACCGGUUGUUCCAAAACACCUGUAGAGACCUUUAGCAGAGGUGUUUCAACUGAUGACGACGGCUCAUCAGAGCCCGAAUCAAGCGAAAACAAUGCUUCUUGCUCUGCGGGGAAGGAGAGGGAGAGCGAGAGCGCUGAGAUAUCAAGAAACUCUGUAUCUCCGCCGUUUUCAAACAGCGCCUCUUCGCUUGGAGCAAAGACAGAUACUUUGGAGUCUCUUAUAAGAGCUGAUGUCAGCAAGAUGAAUAGUUUUAGGAUUCUGGAGCAAGAAGAUGUUCGAAUGCCUGCUAAUCCGAGGCUUAGGGCCUCGAAUAUGCUGAUGCAGCUGAUAUCUUGUGGCUCAAUAUCAGUGAAAGAUAACAGUUUCGGCCUUGUACCGACCUACAAACCGAAAUUCGGACACUCCAAGUUUCCAUCUCCGUUUUUCUCCUCGUCAUUUAUGUUGGGAGAUCUUGACCGUUUGUCUGAAACUCCGAGUGUAAUGAGCUUGAGGUUGGAGGAGAAAGAGUAUUUCAGUGGGAGCCUGGUCGAGACAAAGCUACAGAAGAAGGAUGCUGCUGAUGGUAAUGCUUCUCUUAAGCGUUCUUCGUCUUACAAUGGUGACAGGGCAUCGAACCAAAUGGGUAUACCAGAGACCGUUGAUUCAAAACCUGGUGGUUCGAAACACAUCCCACGCACGAGAAAGACUUCUUGUACAAUAAGCAAGAAACAACCACGUAGCGAGUCCACGAGAUCUCCUGUCUCAGACUCAUCAAAAGUUACUGAAACACCUGAUGUGUGCAGUAAAAGAAUAACAGAAUCUUUGAGGAAACCGGAUUCUUUCAGAGAAGACGAAGAGAAGGUGAUCAAGAUCGAUGAAAGGCUUGCUUCAGGAGCUCGGGUUAUAAUCGAAUCAAAAGUGCCUUCAAGCUGUUCAUGAGGAGCUCUAAUCAAGUUUCUUAUGGCGGGUUUUUGAAAAAAAAAUUGAAAUGGAAAAAGAACCUUUAUUGUAUGUUUUUGUGGCAGGCUACUUUUCUCCAUUUGAAUUUGUAAAUCUGGAAAGGUGGUAUGAGAAAAGGAGAAGAAUACAAAAGUUUCAUCAAAAGCCUAAAAAGAGAGCACUUAAAUGUUGGUUAUUGGGCAGUGUAAAGAUGUAAGUAAAAUUUUGAGAAAGAAAUUUGGAAGCAAAAGGGUAUUAAAUGUUUUGAUGUGAUGUGAGAUGAGAAAAUUGGACCACUGUUAGUGAUUGAUAUGGUCAAUUAUUAGAUUUGGUUUUAUUAGUAGUUCCAGUAGGGGUGGGCAUGGAUCGGUUAUCUAGAAAUUUUUAAGUAUUUGUGGUUUGCUCCGUUUUUAAUGGAUAUUUAAUUUUAUGAUUUG